AUGUCAAAACCAAGAAUGGAUGGAAUUGUUCAGCCAAGAUCAAUUUUAAAGAACACAUCUUCGGCGUUUGAGACAUCAACCCCAGGCUCAGGAAGCGGACCAAAUACAAUACUCUCAGAUUGGUCUGAGAACGAAGAAAAGAAUACGGGAAAAGAAAGCCAAGUGGGUCCAUUGACUUCCCUCAUUUCCAAUCUGUGGUGUCGGGGAAAAACCGACGAGGGGAAAUCACUCUCUUCAGGAUCGGAAUGGCGGCUUGAUGUGGUGUAUGUCUGGGAACAUGACCGCAUAGUGUCCCUGGGGCUUUGUCAACCAGGUACACCAUUGGGAAACAAGGCAGUCGUGUCCACCCUGAAUAAAAUCUACGGUUUGGCAUAUCAGGAUCCAGAGCUUAUACAGCUUACUAAUGAAAUUAAGCAUGACACAAUAGAGGAACUUUGGCUCCAAAUAGUCACACAGGCUGUCUUUGAUGACUUCUUCCGCACUUCAAGGGUCAAACAGGUUCAGAGUCAGGUUGGCUCUGGACACUUGAGGGUAGAGAGAGUGUCGGAGCAACUCCGUGAUGCAAGAGGAGCAGUUAGUCCUCGUGGGCUCUUUCACAGGACCAUAAUCCUGAAUAUCUACCGUCGGCGGUACCAUGGUACCCAGUCAACAAUCACCCGGUCAUCUAGUGAUCCUGGCAGGCUUAGAACAGGAUCCAUCACCACGGAGCCGCUUUCUGUUGCUCGAUCAACUUCUGGGGCUCUUACAGACCAGUUUCACACGGUUGCCGUGAAGAAUAGUCAAACACUCCUAGAUUCCGCUCAGGCAGGAAACUCUGAAGGACAUCUGAUUCAAGGGGGGAGUAUGGGUGGACCAGUCAGAGAAAUCAAAUUUGGUGAUGCUGACAAACCACCUCAUGUGGUUGUGAAGCCAACAUUGCAAGAGCGUGUGAGAGUGAGACUUGAAGGGUCUGCAGAGCCCGCGGGAGUAGAUGCUGGCAGGUGA